GACAUGAGCGCGGACUAUGAAAGUGACUAUUACUAUAUGCGCAGUCGCAAGGCGCGCGAUAAGCCGCCCUUGUGGGAUUCUUUUCAGGAUCCGCCAGCGAAGCGCACCAGCGGCUCCGAUGCCCACUGGAAAAAGUUGCAGUUCGUUCUCAAGCUUUUAAAGCUCUUCACUUAUCUCUUAGUCUUUGCGGUGAUAUUGGCCUGCAGCGUCACUGCCAAGCUGGUUUAUCUCUACAUGGCGGGCAACACCAAUGGCGAGGUGAAGGUGCGAGUGUGCAGCAAGUAUCUUUUAGUUGACGGCCAGGUGACGGCGACGCGCAGCAAGCUGGAGCAAAUUGCCUGGGUAUGGGCUCUGAUCUUUGCCUUUGCCGCCCCAGAACUUUUCACCUUUUUGCGCGCGCUGCGCAUUACGCUCUUCAAGCGCGAACAGCGACCCAGUGGACUGGAAGUGGCAUUGGUCACACUCUUUGAACUGCUGCAUGUUGUUGGCCUGGCGCUGCUCACCUUUACCGUCCUGCCCCAAUUGGAUGUGACGCGUGGUGCGAUGCUUGGCUGCUGUGUCUGCUUUGUGCCGGCGCUGCUCAAUAUAUUGACGGGCACACGCUUCCAGUGGAAAUCGGCGGAUACUCUUGUGAAUGUUGCUUCCAUUUUGGCUGUGGUGGCGCAGGGCAGCGUCUUUCUCGUCUGGCCAGCUAUGUCCUCGCAGCUGGAACUACAGCUACUGGCGCUGCCUUUGCUCCUAGUCUCGUUUCGCUGGUGGGAGAACUAUGCCAACACACUAGCGUCAAUUGCAUACAUCAUACGCACCAUACGCUGCACACGCUCGCGCUAUCACACGUAUCUGUAUGUGGCGCCACUGAAGAUGGCCGUAUUUGGUCUGCUGGGCUUUCUGCUGCACGGCGAAAAUUUCAAGGAAUACUUUACGCUAUUCUUUGAAGCUUGGCAGCCGCAUACCAUAACCCUGACGUAUACGGAUGGCUUGCGGGAUACGCGGCCGUUGCCCAGCAACGGCAGCUCAUUUAUCAAGCCGACGACAUUUGUGUCGCAGUAUCCGCUGCAGUCCAAUGCCUGGGCCGUGGUCUAUGCGCUGCUGGUGCAGGUGAGCGCCGCCUACUUGUGUCAUAUUUUCGGCAAGUUUGCGUGCAAAAUAAAAAUACAACACUUUAGCUUUGCGCUGCCACUCAGCCUGGCCACGCCCGUGACCGUGGUGGCAGCCACGCUGCUGUCCCAACUACGUGCUCAGGAUAUAUGUGCGUUGCAUAGCCUGCUGCCGGAUUAUCUGACGCUGCAGCCACUGGGCGAGAGUGUGGCUCAGCUGGGCGCAUUGAGCUUGCAGUAUGCGCUGUGGUUAUGGCCACUCUGGUGGCUGGCACAGCUCUGGACGAGCUGGCACAUCUGGCAUCCACACAACGAUAAGAAUGCGCCCACCGAGAAGCUAUUUGUGUGCCCCUGGUACAGCGGCCUGCUGGUGGAUCAGUGCACGAUGAUGAAUCGACGCAUUCUCGACUGGAGCGAUGAGUAUUUGGCCAUUAAGAGCGACUUGACGGCAGCCAGAGAUCCGGCUGUGGCCUUGGCAGCUGACAUCAAUGCCAAUGCCAGUCGUGAUAUACAGGAGACGGAUAAAAUACCGCAAUUGAUUGUUUGCGCAACAAUGUGGCAUGAGACCGAGGACGAGAUGAUGGAAUUUCUAAAAUCAAUUGUACGCUUGGAUGAGGAUCAAUGCGCUCGCCGCCUGGCCAAAACGCAUCUCAAUGGCGGCAAAGCGGAUGAUGAAUACUAUGAAUUGGAAACCAACAUAUUCUUUGAUGACGCCUUCGUGCUGGACCCACGCCACUGCCAGAACAAACGCAAUCCGCCGCUCAACGAGUACGUGAAGACGCUAACGCGCACCAUUGACAAGGCCGUCUUUGAGAUUUAUGGCGUUAAUAUCAAAAUCAAGCCGCCGCUUAAGAUAGAAACGCCCUAUGGGGGUCGCCUGGUCUGGACACUGCCAGGUCGCACCAAGAUGGUGGCGCAUCUGAAGAACAAGGACAAGAUACGCCACAAGAAGCGCUGGUCCCAGGUCAUGUACAUGUACUACCUGCUGGGCUUUCGCAUCAUGGAAACGGAGCAGCUGUCGGCGCGUCGCAAGGCCGUCAUAGCGGAGAAUACGUUUCUGCUGGCGCUGGACGGCGACAUUGACUUUCAGCCGCAUGCAGUGCAGCUGCUCAUAGAUCGCAUGAAGGCCAUCGAUGAGCUGGGCGCUGCCUGCGGACGCAUACAUCCUGUGGGUCGUGGUCCCAUGGUCUGGUAUCAAAAGUUCGAGUACGCCAUUGGCCAUUGGCUGCAGAAGGCCACGGAGCAUGUGAUUGGCUGCGUGCUCUGCAGUCCGGGCUGCUUUAGUUUGUUUCGCGCCAGCGCUUUGAUGGAGAACAGCGUCAUGAAGCGCUACACGCUGGUGACCAGCGAGGCCAUGAAGAUGGUGCAGUACGAUCAGGGCGAGGAUCGCUGGCUCUGCACGCUGCUGCUGAAGCAGGGCUCGCGUGUGGAGUACUGCGCCGCCUCCGACGCCUACACACACUCGCCGGAGUACUUCAAUGAGUUCUACAAUCAGCGCAGGCGCUGGGUGCCCUCGACCAUGGCCAACAUCUAUGACAUACUCGCCGAUGCAGACACUGUGGUGAAGAAGAACAAUUCCAUUUCCACGCUGUACAUUAUGUACCAGGGCAUGCUCAUGUUGGGCACUGUGCUGGGUCCUGGCACCAUAUUUCUGAUGAUGGUGGGCGCUUUGGUGGCCGUCUUCAGCAUCGACAUAUGGACGGCAUUUCUCUGGAACUUCUUUCCCAUUUUAUGCUUCAUACUCAGCUGCGUUUAUCUAAAGCAAAAGUUUCAGCUGCUGAUUGCAUUUGUGAUAAGCGCUAUCUAUUGUCUGGUCAUGAUGGCGGUGCUCAUUGGCAUUGUGGUGCAGAUGAUUGAGGACGGACCGCUGGCGCCAGCUUCAAUGUUCUUUCUGCUGGUGGCAGUACAAAUUACUUUGGCAGGUCUGAUGCAUCCGCAGGAGUUUCUGGCGCUGCUCUGCGGCAUCAUCUACUACAUCACCAUACCCUCCAUGUACAUGCUGCUGAUGAUCUAUUCGGUUUUCAAUAUGAACGAUGUCAGCUGGGGCACGCGGGAGGGGCCUGUGCUGCGAGAUGACGAUGGCGAAUCCGUGGAGCCGCAUUUGCCUGGCUGGCUGAACGAUCCGCUGCUGAUUGACUCGGAGCUGGGUGAAGUUUCGCUGGUGGAGCAGCGUUUCUGGAAAGAUCUGAUCAAGCAGUAUUUAAAGCCCUUGGAGCUUAGCAAGGAGCAGAAGCAGUCCAUGGACGAUGAUCUCAAGGAGCUGCGCAACAUGAUUGCCUUUGCCUUUGUCAUGGUCAACGCCAUUUUUGUGCUGAUUGUGUUUCUGCUGCAGCUGAAGAAGGAUUAUCUGCAUCUAAAGUGGCCCAUAGACCCCACUGACUUUAUAACCUUUGAUCGCGACAAUCUGCAGGUGGACAUCUAUCGCCAGUACAAGGAACUGGAUCCCAUUGGCCUUUGCUUUGUUGUCUUCUUUGGUGUUAUACUCGUCAUACAGUUCAUAGCCAUGUUCUUUCAUCGCUUUGGCACCAUGUCGCAGCUGCUGGCCACAGUGCAGCUGAAUUGGUUUCGCUCCAACAGCCAGCUGAGCGAUGAGGAUGCAGCGCUGGAGCUCAGCGGCAAUGCCGUCAAUAUAGCGCGGCGGCUGCAGCGUCCGCGGCGUUUAUUCGACGAGGAUGAGCUGGACUCAAAUCAUUACGAUGAGCUGUCCGUGGGCCAAGAGGACAACCAUCGCGAGAGCAUGGUACGCAGGCAAACCAUUUGUCGUCUGCACGAAUCUCGCAAUGCUGAGCACAGCGACUACAGCGAUCUGGUGCGCAACUUUGAGCGUCGCUUCUUUGGCGAGGCUGAUUUGAAUGUGAGGAAUCUGCCGCUGAGUCGCAAGUCUGUUAAGCUGCUGCAGCAGCGACGCUCUGUGGCCAAGGAGAAUGCUGCUGCUAUGCCUGGCGGCACGCCCACGCCCAAGCCGGGACUGCGCCCGCCGCUGCUGCCAGUCAAUGCCAAGAAAGUUAGUUUCAGAGCAAAUACUAUGGAAAUCUACGACAAUGGCGGCUACGAGCACACCGAGUUUUAAGACGAACUGAAUCUUUAUGCUGCAUACCUUGCUAUCUACUUAUACUAUACAUAUAUAUAUAUAUACUUGUGCCAGCGCUAUUGUAACCCUAAAAGC